GGCCCGGGAGCCUGCGCGAGCGCGGAGGGGCUCUGCGCGGCGGAUCCGCUCCCCGGCGCGCCCGCAUCCCCUGCUGGCCCCAGGGCUCCGCGCGUUUGGCACCUCCGAAGGAGGCGAGGGGAGGAGGCUGGCAGCCCGAGCCGGGCGCGAGGACUGUGUCCGGGCACCAGGGUCCCAUCAGAGUGUGUCCAGUGAUACAGACAGAUAUUGCAGGGUAGCCUGGAGCAUGCAGGUGUGUGGACAGACCAGCUUCCAGUGGAUCCCACUGAGACUGAGCUUCAGUUUUGCCCAAGGCC